AUGGCCUCCAACGAACCCCAACAACCUGUGCCCGAUGUCCAAUCCUCCCACAAGGGCAAUAUCGCCGCGGUUUCCGUGAACGCGAUAGACGAACCCGAAGCCACGGCAGACAACACCGCCUACCGCGCGACCUGGGUCGAAAAGACCGCACCACUCUUCGCAAAGAUGCUCGCCUCAGCAAACUACCCAGCCCCCCACAAGGAGUCCUACAUGGCCUUCCACACAGAAACCCUCAUCCCACUAAUGGGACCCUACCCGCAACGGUUCCGCAGCGCCGUAACCCGAAGCGGCCUCCCCAUCGAGUUCAGCGCAAACUACACGCAGCAUAGCAACGGUGAUCCCGUGUGGAGGAUCGGCUUUGAGCCCGUCAGCAUGGCCUCGGGCUCACCGCGCGACCCCUACAACCAGGUCGCCAAGGGCGCGCUGCUGACGCAGCUGGGCGAACUGAAUCUUCAGGGUUACGACACCACGCUCUUCGAGCACUUCGUCGCGACGCACACGGUGAAUCGCGCGGAGCGCGAGUCGCUAGGCGGGAAGCAGCUUGACGGUAGUGACCUCAGUCCCUCGCAGGUGGCCUUCGGGUUCGAUCUGAAGGACGGGGAGAUCGCCGUUAAGGGAUAUACGUUCCCGGCGCUGAAGUGCAAGGUCACAGGGAAGGGGUUUGGCACUAUCUUCCGCGAGUCGAUUGAUCCGCUCAUUGGGCGGAUGGGCGGCGACCCGACCCGGACCAGCUUCGAUACCAUUGACGAGUACAUGACCGAGACAAACGGGUGGAGCGACUUUUCGUUCUUCUCGUGGGACUGCGUUGCGCCUGCUAAGGCGCGGCUUAAGCUGUACAGCUCGACGAACAUCGUCACGUGGGAGAAGAUGGAGGAGAUUUGGACGCUGGGUGGGCGUGUAGUCGGCAAGGCCAAUACGCAGGGACUCAAGCAUCUCCGGCGCUUGUGGGAGCUCACGCAGAUCAAGGACGGGUACCGCGCGUUUACGGGUGGGUUUGACAAUGAUACCGACUCGACGCCCACGCCCAUCAUUUGGAAUUAUGAAAUGAGGCCGGGGAAUCUGGAGCCGCUAACCAAGGUGUAUUUCCCGAUCCAUGGCGAGAAUGACCUGACGAUCGUGCGCGGGGUGGGACAGUUCCUCGAGGAGAUCGGGCUUGUGAAGCAGGGGAGGAGCUAUGAGCGGACGGUGCGAGAGUAUUAUCCUGCGCGAGACCUAAACAAGACCGCCUGUUUGACCUCGUGGCUUUCGUUCGCGUAUACUGAGGCGACCGGGGCGUACCUCAGUGUUUACUACCACUCGUCGUCUGACUACCCGUGGGCUGAGAAGGAGGGGCAGUAG